AUGCCUUCUGCCACAGGUGCCAACUGGGAAAAGUACCAAAAGAAAUUCGGCGAUGACGAGAUAGAAGAGAAGAAGAUCACGCCCCUCACCGAUGAAGAUAUCCAGGUUCUCAAGACCUAUGGCGCCGCGCCAUAUGGUUCCGCCAUCAAGAAGCUAGAGCAGCAAAUAAAGGAGAAACAGCAGAGCGUGGAUGACAAGAUUGGUGUCAAGGAAUCAGAUACCGGUCUCGCACCACCUCACCUUUGGGAUAUCGCCGCCGAUCGUCAACGAAUGUCCGAGGAGCAACCUCUUCAGGUAGCGAGAUGCACCAAGAUUAUUCAGGACGACAAGGACGAGGCGAAGUCGAAAUAUGUCAUCAACGUCAAGCAGAUAGCAAAGUUUGUCGUGAAUCUCGGCGAGCGCGUCAGUCCAACGGAUAUCGAAGAGGGAAUGCGGGUUGGUGUCGACAGAAACAAGUACCAGAUCCUUCUCCCACUGCCGCCCAAGAUCGACGCCAGUGUCACCAUGAUGACGGUCGAAGAGAAGCCCGAUGUUACAUACGGCGAUGUUGGUGGUUGCAAGGAGCAGGUGGAAAAGCUCCGCGAGGUUGUCGAGAUGCCCCUGCUUUCGCCCGAACGGUUCGGCAACUUGGGCAUUGACCCCCCCAAGGGUGCCCUUCUUUACGGCCCUCCCGGUACCGGCAAGACCCUCUGCGCUCGUGCGGUAGCCAACCGAACAGACGCCACCUUCAUCCGUGUGAUUGGAUCCGAGUUGGUUCAAAAGUACGUUGGUGAGGGUGCCAGGAUGGUGCGUGAGCUGUUUGAGAUGGCGCGGACGAAGAAGGCCUGCAUUAUCUUCUUUGACGAGAUUGACGCCAUUGGUGGUGCUCGUUUUGAUGACGGUGCGGGCGGUGACAAUGAAGUCCAGAGAACCAUGCUGGAGCUCAUUACUCAACUGGACGGUUUCGACGCUAGAGGCAACAUCAAAGUCAUGUUUGCCACCAACAGACCUUCGACUCUCGACCCUGCUCUUAUGAGACCGGGUCGUAUCGACCGCAAGAUUGAGUUUGCUCUUCCCGAUCUCGAGGGCCGGGCCAACAUUCUGAGGAUUCACGCCAAGAGCAUGUCGGUGGAGAGGGACAUCAGAUGGGAACUCAUCUCGCGGUUGUGCCCCAAUGCUACGGGUGCUGAGCUGCGCAGUGUGUGCACGGAGGCGGGCAUGUUUGCUAUCCGCGCGAGGAGGAAGGUGGCGACCGAGAAGGACUUCUUGGAUGCGGUGGACAAGGUGAUCAAGGGUAACCACAAGUUUAACUCUACUGCGGCUUAUGCGCAGUAUAACUAA